AUGAGCGGCGGCGAUAUUAGGGUUACGAAUCUCGGUGAACAGGACGCUACCAUGAUGGAAGCAGGAGAUAAAGGACGUCCUCCCGAUAAGGUUGGUUCGUGGGUGAGCAAGGUUACUGGUAGAGGAGUAGGGGGGCGAGUUACACCGGAGACGUUGAUGGAUAAAGCUUUUGUGUCGGAGAGGCUACGGUUGGAUUUUCCAGAUGGGGAGGAUGGUGAGCCGUUCAUCACGAUAGGGUCUGAAGUGUUGGAUGUGAUGAAGGGUUUAUGGAAGCAGUGCAUUAUUGUUAAGGUGUUGGGUAGGAGUAUUGUUCUGUCGGCGUUAAGUAGAAAGCUAAAGGAGUUGUGGAAACCUACAGGGGAGAUGUCUGUGGUGGAUCUUCCUCGACAAUUCUUUAUGAUCCGGUUCGAGAGGGAGGAAGAAUAUCUUGCAGCUUUGACGGGCGGACCUUGGAGAGUUUUUGGGAGUCAUCUUAUGGUCCAAGCUUGGUCGUCGGAUUUUAAUCCUUUACGAGAUGAUAUAGUCACGACACCAGUUUGGGUUAGAUUGUCGAACCUCCCAGUGUUCUUCUACCAUCAAGAUAUUUUGCUCGGAAUAGCAAGUGGAUUGGGAAAACCGAUAAAAGUUGAUGUCACGACGUUGAAUUUUGAGCGGGCAAGGUUUGCUAGAGUAUGUGUGGAGAUAAAUCUUUCAAAACCGGUUAAGGGCUCAGUGAUGAUUAAUGGGGAUCGAUACUAUGUAGCCUAUGAGGGGUUAUCAAACAUAUGUUCGGGCUGUGGUGUGUAUGGUCACUUAGUGCAUAAUUGUCCCCGACGUGUGCUAGAGAAAGUAGUGGAGAAGCCGACGUCCGUUGCACCGCAUACACCUUCUGAGACCGGCCAGAGACAGGAUGGGUUUACGGAGGUACGACGUCACAACCGGAAAAGUUCACCGACGGUGGAGAAGGUAGUGUUUGCAGCUGGGGGGAAACCGGAACGUUAUCUUCGCGAGAUUUCGGGAAAUGUAAACAAGGAAAGAGUGGAAAUAUCAAACAGAUUCGGGAAUUUGGUGGACGAUACGAUUGCAUCGGGAUUAAGGGAAGUUGUGAUUUUGAGUGAGGAGAAUAAGGAGAAUGAGGAUAUUUCGCAAGGCGGGAGUAAUGGGAAGGGUGUUUCGCAAGCCAUGGUAUCAGUAGGAGGGUUUGAUAAAGGAAAGAAUGGCCAGAAGGUAUCCUUCAAAAAUAAACGAGUAGGGGGGCUUAAGCCUAAUGAGCUUAAUGGGGUAAGGCCCAAGCAGUACAAGAACACCAGGCCUGUACGGGGUUUAGUGUUUGGCCCGUUACAACAAGAAGGAGAGAUGGUGGCGUCGGGCAAAAGGUUACGAGUAGAUGAAGGUUUUGUUGGUCGACCAGGGGGAGUGUUUACACCAGACAAAGAAGGACAGGUACAACAUGGUUUAUCAAAUUAUGAUGCUACAAACGCUGCUGAUAAUUCGUCGAUGGAGAUGGUUGUGCUUACACAAACCAGAGUACCCGGUUCUUCGAUUGACCCGUCGGUACCGGGAGAGGAGAUGUCGGUGGCUUGA